UUUUUUUUUUUUUUUUUUUUUUUUUUUGAAAAGAUUGAACAAAUGGAGACCCCAUGUUUAUAAAGAAGACAAAACAAAAGUUCCGCUAGUCGUCCUCGAUAACGGUAUGUUCGGAAAAGAUCUUGUCAAGCUAAAAGGGAACUGUCAUUGUUUUUUCGAUAAGCAAGAAGUCAUAAACAUUUCCGGUUUCAAGGGCUGUGGUGUUCUCAGUUGUCCAGAAUGCGGAAAAGUAUGGCAACGGGAUGUAAAUGCUGCUUUAAACAUGAAGACAAUCUCGAAGGCAGUUUGGUCAGGCCAAGGAAGACCAGACAUUUUUAAGCCAAAGAAGAAUACUACCAAUUUAUCUGAAAGACUAAAAAAAAAGUUCAAACAUAAAUCUCAAUUCGUCUGAAAACUAAUUCUUUUUUGUCUCAAUUUCAUUUCUUAUUCUUCUGAAAAUUAAUUUUGAUUUGUCCAAAAAAAUACUAAUAUUUUCUGAAUUUGAAGUAG